UUUUGCCCGGCCACCCCCUCCCCAGUUGAGGCAGGGCUCCUUCCCGCGAGCUCGGCGGUGGGUGGGCGCCUUGGAUUGCCUUUCGGGUGCGGGGAAGCUUGCCGCGAGGUGAGUUUCUCGGCUCCUGAGGAGGUGCCCGGCGGCGUUUUUAAUUUUCUUCUUUCCCUCUCGUUCUCCAGCCGCACCGUCCCAGCCGGCCGGACUUGCAGGCACUUCCUGCAAGUGUGGCCGGCUGGGACGUUGCGGUUAGGGAGUCUGCCUCUCGCGCCCAGCAGUGGCGAAGGGGGCGAGCUUGGGAGGAAGAACAGCGAGGGAGACUCAGCAGGCGCGACUUUGGGCUCCUCAAGAGUAAGGAAGAAAGCAACGGGAGCCGCCGCCGCCACAGACCGCCCGCUUGUCGAAGAGGGACCCCGGGCAGGACGCUCGGCUGGUGGUGGAUCUCCAGUUCCCUCGGCUGGCCACGGCCCUCUCUUGAUGAAAUCUUUGAGUUUGCCAGUUGUUUGGGAUUAGUUACGAAAGAAGAAAGGAGGAGGAGGAGGAGGAGGAGGAAAAAAAAGAAAAUCUUUAAAUCAACGUCAUUUUAACUCGGGGGUUUGGCUGGACUUAAAAAGAAGGGGAAAAAAUCGCGCUCCCGAGCUCGCGUAUUGUUUUCCCUCGCUCGCUUUCAUAAACUAACUCCGAAGAACUCUGUAAUUGGAUAACAAGAGUAAUAGGAUGACAUCCCUUGUAGAUCCCAGGAUUAAACUAGCUUUGAGGAAGAAACCAUCUGAAAGAACUCAAGAGGAAUUAAAUACUAUCUAUUACUAUCUUCAUGGAAUGGAUAUAUUAUCUCAUCUCAGGGAGCAUCAGUUAAGAAUUAUGACUUCCAGUGCACGGUACAAAAGAUAUGAUGGAAAUCAAGUUUUAUUUUGCUCUGAUACUAUUGCAAGAUGCUGGUAUAUUCUUCUUUCUGGAUCUGUGCUUAUGAAGGAUUCUAUGUUUUUGCCACCCUGCAGCUUUGGCAAGCAAUCUGGAGGAAAACGAGGUUGUGAAUGCAUUGUGUUGGAACCUUCAGAAAUGAUCGUGGUAGAUAAUUCAAAAGAGAAUGAAGACAAUAUCUUGCAAAGGGAAGUGCCUCUUCGACAAUCUCGCCGGAGGUUUCGGAAGAUUAAUCAGAGGGGAGAACGUCAGACCAUCACAGAUAAUGUGGAUGUUAGUAGCUACCUUUCACUUCCAGCAGACCUUACCAAGAUGCAUCUCACAGAUAAUCAGCAUCCGCAGGUCACACAUGUCCCUUCAAGUCAAUCUGGCUGUAGCAUUGCCAGUGAUUCUGGGAGUAGCAGUUUAUCAGACAUCUAUCAGGCUACAGAAAGUGAGAUGGGAGAUGUGGAUUUAACCGGUCUCCCAGAAGCACCAGUAGAUUCUGAAGAUGAUGAAGAAGAAGAUGAAGACAUUGAUAGAACAUCUGACCCUCUGCUAGGGCGAGAUGUUGUUCGGGAGUGUCUUGAAAAAGAACCUGCUGACAAAACAGAUGAUGAUAUUGAACAAUUAUUGGAAUUUAUGCAUCAGCUUCCAGCAUUUGCAAACAUGACUAUGUCAGUAAGAAGAGAACUUUGUUCAGUCAUGAUAUUUGAAGUGGUAGAGCAAGCAGGAGCCAUCAUCCUUGAAGAUGGACAAGAACUUGACUCUUGGUAUGUUAUUUUAAACGGCACCGUGGAAAUUAGCUAUCCUGAUGGGAAAACAGAAAGUCUUUGUAUGGGAAAUAGUUUUGGGAUUACCCCAUCUCUGGAAAAACAACACAUGAACGGUGUGGUUAGGACCAAAGUAGAUGAUUGCCAGUUUGUAUGUAUAGCCCAGCAGGACUAUUGGCGUAUUUUGAACCAUGUUGAAAAAAAUACGCAUAAAGUGGAAGAAGAAGGAGAAAUUGUUAUGGUGAAGGAGCACAGAGAAUUAGACCGCAGUGGAACCAGAAAAGGACACAUUGUCAUUAAGGCUACACCUGAACGUCUCAUUAUGCAUUUAAUAGAAGAGCACUCUAUUGUGGAUCCAACCUACAUUGAAGACUUUUUAUUAACAUUCAGAACAUUUUUGUCAAGCCCUCUGGAAGUUGGAGACAAACUUUUAGAGUGGUUUCAGGUUGACAGUCUCAGGGACAAGGUUACUCGAGUUGUACUGCUAUGGGUGAAUAACCAUUUUAAUGAUUUUGAAGGAGAUCCAGCCAUGACAAGAUUUUUGGAAGAAUUUGAAAAAAAUUUGGAAAAUGCGAAAAUGAAAGGACAUCUCAGGUUACUAAACAUUGCAUGUGCUGCAAAAGCAAAGUGGAGACAAGUCACCUUGCAAAAGCCUUCUAGAGAUUCACCACUUUUCUUCAGUCUUCUUGGAGGGAGCGAAAAAGGUUUUGGUAUUUUCGUAGAGUCAGUGGAAUCGGGAAGCAAAGCAGCAGAAGCUGGGCUUAAACGUGGUGAUCAGGUAAUGGAAGUAAAUGGGCAAAACUUUGAGAACAUUACAUUUUCAAAAGCAACUGAAAUCUUGAGAAACAAUACUCAUCUUUCCAUCACUGUAAAAACAAAUAUUUUUGUAUUCAAAGAACUACUUAGUAGGAUAGGACAGGAGAAGAACGGAGUUCCACAUAUUCCCAAAAUAGCAGAAAAGAAAAAUAAUCGUUACUCCAUCCCAGAUAUUCCUGGAGAUGUGGAACAAAUGUUUCCACGUGAGAAAGCAAACAAGAAAAUGAAAGCAAAUACUGUGUCUGGAGGAAGAAACAGAAUCAAGAAAAUUUUAGACAAGACACGAUUCAGUAUCUUGCCUCCAAAACUGUUCAGCUUUCUAAUAAUCUCUUAUAGUGAUGGCAGUGUAAGCCAGUCACAAGAUGACAGCAUUGUGGGAACAAGACAGUGCAGACACAGUUUGGCAAUUAUGCCUAUUCCUGGCACACUUUCAUCCAGCAGUCCUGAUCUCUUACAACCCACAACUAGCAUGCUGGAUUUUUCAAAUCCUUCAGCAGUUGGCUUUUACUACAUUCCUGAUCAGGUUAUAAGAGUCUUCAAAGCUGAUCAACAGAGUUGUUACAUUAUCAUCAGCAAAGACACUACAGCAAAAGAAGUUGUAAGCCACGCAGUACAUGAAUUCAACUUGACAGGAACCCCAGAGACCUAUUCUCUGUGUGAGGUUUCUGUGAGCACGGAAGGAGUCAUCAAACAGAGAAGGCUUCCCGACCAGUUCUCAAAGUUAGCAGACCGAAUUCAGCUCAACGGGAGGUAUUAUUUGAAAAAUAAUAUGGAAACAGAGACUCUGUGCUCAGAUGAAGAUGCUCAAGAAUUGCUAAGAGAAAGCCAAAUCUCACUUUUACAGCUGAGUACUAUUGAAGUGGCUACUCAGCUCUCGAUGAGAGACUUUGAAUUGUUUCGAAACAUUGAACCUACUGAGUAUAUUGAUGAAUUAUAUAAGCUGGAUUCUAAAACAGGAAACACUAACCUGAAACAAUUUGAGGAUGUUAUUAAUCAAGAAACGUUUUGGGUUGCUACGGAAAUUCUGUCUGAAACAAAUCAGCUGAAAAGGAUGAAGAUUGUAAAACAUUUCAUAAAAAUCGCUCUCCAUUGCAGGGAAUGCAAGAAUUUCAACUCUAUGUUUGCUGUUAUUAGUGGUCUUAAUCUGGCACCUGUGGCUAGACUCAGAAGUACAUGGGAAAAGUUACCAAGCAAAUAUGAAAAACACCUUAGAGAUCUUCAGGAUCUUUUUGAUCCUUCUAGGAAUAUGGCAAAGUAUCGCAAUAUCCUCAGCAGUCAGAGCAUGCAGCCUCCAAUUAUUCCAUUAUUCCCAGUGGUCAAGAAAGAUAUUACAUUUCUACAUGAAGGAAAUGAUUCAAAGGUGGAUGGUUUGGUAAAUUUUGAGAAACUGAGAAUGAUUGCUAAAGAGAUACGGCAGGUUGUCAGAAUGACUUCUGCUAAUAUGGAUCCUGCUGUGAUGUUCAGACAAAGGAAGAAGAGGUGGAGGAGUUUGGGGUCACUGAGUCAGGGUAGCACAAAUUCAAACAUGUUGGAUGUUCAAGGCGGUGCUCACAAAAAACGUGCUCGGCGCAGCUCUCUUUUAAAUGCAAAAAAGUUGUAUGAAGAUGCACAGAUGGCCAGGAAAGUCAAACAGUACCUAUCCAAUCUAAAUGUGGAAACAGAUGAAGAAAAAAUCCAGAUAAUGUCACUUCAGUGUGAGCCUACAUACAGCACUUUGACAAAAAAUUUAAGUGAAAGACGAGGUACGAAAAUAUCAGAGAUGUCUCCGAUGCCACUGAGGUCUGUUGGCCAAACCACAAAAGCCCACUUACAUCAGCAAAACAGAAUGAGUCAAGUUCUUCAAGUUCCAGCAGUUAAUCUCUAUCCUAUUCGGAAAAAAGGACCAGCCAAAGACCACGUUGCUUUUAGUGCAGGUUCUCCUCAAAAGUCACUUAGUUUAUCUGAAGAACCAAGCAGUAAAAAGCACCCAGAAGAUGACAUCUCUGUGGCAUCAUCAUUGCAUUCCAGCCCUGCUGCUUCCCCUCAGGAAUCUCCACGCAAAGUUAAUAACUCACAGAGGUCUGAAAACUGCAGCCAGCUUAAUCUGUCUGGUUCGUCUUCCUCUCUUGCAAGUGAAACAAGCAACAAGAACAGUGGACAUCGCAGCUAUGGAAUAGGCUAUGCCCUGAUCCCGUCUGCCAAAUCUGAGAAUUUUUCCGAUUCCAGCCAUAGUGAGAUCUCCUCACGAUCCAGCAUUGUCAGCAACUGUUCUGCUGACUCCAUGUCUGCAGCCCUUCAAGAUGAGAGGUGCCUGCCUCAGACAAUGGUGAUAGAUGCAGUUGGGGCAGUGGAAAGGAGAGAGCCCUUUCAGCCACCACUUGAAUACAACCAGCCUUGCCCCGGUUUAAGCUGGCCCCUGCCUAGACCUCCAGUGAUCCGAGGGUUGCUGGUCCCAUCUUCCAUGAGCACCGAGGAGAUUUCUCAUGAGCACCUCACAAUAGAAGCAGCAGAUAGCGGCCGUGGAAGCUGGACCUCUUGUUCGAGUAACUCUCAUGAUAAUUUUCAAAACAUACAGAACCAAAAGGGGUGGGACCUCUUAAACUCUUACCGCCAUGCUCAUUUAGAAAGGGCCAUUGCUGAAGUGGAGCCAUCCAGCUGCUGUUCUGAGGAGACUCGUUUGCAGUCACACAGCCACUCAGACGGUAGUCGGCAAUCCAAAACUGGCAUGGACUUUGACCAGUCCCGGCACAGCUGGGCUUCAUGUACUUCCUUGUCGGACCUGCACGAAACAAACUAUGGGACCAUAAAACGAAGAGGACUGGAGAGCAUAACAGCAGAGCAAGCUGAAGUUUUGGACGCUAAAACUGGCAGUGAUGCAACUUACAAAACUGUCACUUCAAGUACAGAGCAUGGCCUCAUAGUGUACUGUGUCACCUCAUCUAAGGAAGACACUAGAUAUAGGGAGCCACCGCCCACCCCGCCAGGAUAUAUGGGGAUCUCUUUAGCGGACAUAAAAGAAGGAUCCCACCACCCACACCUAAAGCCUCCAGAUUAUAGUGUGGCGGUACAGAGGUCAAAGAUGCUGUCUAGGCUCUCCUCCACUCCUCUGAGUAGUGAACCAGUGGCCUGUUUUCCAAAGAAGAUGCCUAAGUGGCAUAGCCGGCAACCGUCCCAUCCUAAGCUAGCAGAUAUGACUGGCGCAAAUAGUGAAGAGGAUGAAGAUGAACAAGUAUCGGCAGUCUAGUCUCUACGCUUCCUGUGAAACUUGUUUCAAAUUUUACCAACAUUGGAGGAACGAAUUUUACAGUAUUGUCAGUUAUAGCUGACAGCUUGCUGCUAUUGACUUCAAAGAAUUGUGUUUGCUCUCUUCGACUAGUAGGAUGAAUUAUCUGGAUUGUAAUUUUGAAUUUGCUUCAGCCCACUGCAGUCAGUUUGAUGGAGUCUGUGUUGGAAAGAGAAAACACUCAUUCUAAGAAAUACUGACCCUGUAUUGCAGUAUGAAGAAGGACCUAAUAUAUGAUGCGUCGGGGCCAGCUUGGGAGCAAUCUUCUGUAGAAGAACUAUAGAAUCUUUUAAAUAGACUUUGUUCAGAUAUUUUCUCUAUAACUGUUACGGCUCUUGGUUGAAGAAAGUUAUUUCAUGUACUUACAUGAAAACUACAUCAAAACUUAAGAAACUUCUGCAACAAUCUCAACAGUAAUUUAUUAAUUUGGAAUUUAUAUAAGUUUUUUUUUUUUGUAAAGUAUUGGAAUGCUCUGGUUGGCUAAUGUGAAUGCUUUUUCAAAGAAAAUAAGGAAGCAAAUUGUUUAGGUGUUAAUGUGAUGUCUUAUGCUAAGCAAAAUACUUUUGAUUUCUGAGGAACUGGAUGUUCAUGAAUGCAGCUAGAAGUUUACUUACAGUGCAACCACCAACCACUUCAAUUUGUAAAGUAUCAAGACCUUCGAUGUGCAUAUAAUAGUGAAAUACUGCCAUCUAUUGAUUCUUUAUUUUAAAACCAGUGAAAUACACAGUUUCUUUCAGCUGUCAGAUGAUUACCCUAAGGGAAUAGUUGCGUUUGUUUUUCUUUCCUACAUUCCAUUUUCUUCCUCCUUGUCUAAACAGUUUCAUGGAACAUUUGUAUCAUUACAAAUGAUUUUUUUUUCCUUCUACAAGACUUGUAUUGGAGAAGUAUCCAACAAGUUCCAUUUUUUAGAAACUAGCAUAAAAUUUUCAAACUUGUAAAUUUAGGAGCAAAGUCAUAGAAGUAAGAAGGCCCUUAGAUGAUGUUCGUGAUGAUAGUAAAGUCUGUAUUUUAUUUCCGACUUUCAAUUUUAUUUGAAACUUUUCCCAUUCUGUAAGAGCAGUUUGGUUUGCAAGUCUCCCCCCCCCCCCGUACUUAAAUUGUUCAUAAAUUUUUAUGUUUGUGAAAUCCAAGAUGAGCUCUUGCAUUUGGAAAAAUGGUAAUUCCCAGUACAUGACAAACACAAAAAGGCAAAGAAUUUUCCAGAUUUGAAAUGAAAGGCAUUUUUCAACAUUUUAUUCAUUGAUGACUUUACUACUGGCAUUUGGACUACUGUUCUGUUGCCAAAAAUAAUGUAUAACAGCUUUUUUAUCAACUUUUCUCUACUAUUACCCUCUCAAUAUAUCUGGAUAAAAACCCCUUGCAUUCCAGCCAGCAAGUUAAAAAUUAUGAAAUAUGAAUAUCUAAAACGAGAUUACAAAUCUGAUUACAAAUAGAAGAGAGUGGACCACAAAUCUAAUUCAAACAUUAUUAAUGGAAUACAUUUUACUAAUUAACCUUAAAUGUUUAGAAUAAGUAGCUAAGAUAUCAGAACUCUUUGUUUUAUUCCCCUCAAAAGCAACCAACAGUGAGAAAAUACUAAAGCUUGAUUUCAACAUUUAUAACAAUGUUAUGGACUAUUGAGAGUUAAACUUCCCUGCACACAUCUACUACAAGUCCCAAAUAAUAGAUUCCCACUGAUUCAGUGACUUUAAAGUACAUUGCAGAUGUAUAAUCUUCUUGAUCCCCAUGUGACAUCCCAACAAGUUGCCAUGUUGAGAAAAAUUGCUCUGGAUCAUCCCAGAUUUUACCAGGAGCAUAUUGAAUGCUUAAAAUACAGUUUUACAAAUCUGAGAACUUGUAAAAUGAAGCAUAUUAUCUGUUGCCACCAGAGUCACCUACUGGUGUCACUUACUUGCUCACCCCUGGUAAGCACAUUCUAUAAAUGAGAAAGAGACAAGGCUUAUGUGUGCUGUAACUCUUAAGCUUUUUGGGUGGGGUGGAGAGUGAAACUUCAGUACUUCUUAUUCUCAAGUGCCUGGUAUAAUUGCAAGAUGGAAUUUACUCUCUUAUCUCAAGCUUGUGUGCUGGAUGUUGGAAAUGCCCAGCAAAUGUGACUUCAAAUCACACUUUAAAAUCCAGUGGAGCUACAGGCAUUUCUGAUUCCACACCGAAUGUCCUUGAAAGAGAUGCUGUCAAGCAGGGCGGGGUGAUUACAAAGGUGCUAUUUUCAGAGAAAGAUGAUUCCCUGACUCAUAUGUAGAAUACAUAUUUGCAUAUGUAUUAUGCAAAAUAAAAAAUGAAAGACUGGACUGACAUGGCAGCUUUACUUAGCCAACCAGAGUGCAUAGCAAAAACUGGAGUUAUUAUUUGUGUUUAUAUUUUUUCCCCUGCUGCAUAAUGGUUGCCUAGUCAAACAUAAUCAGUGGACAUGAAUGUCUCAAUGUAUAUUUAAAGUUUACUUGUAAACCUUAAUAUCAUAAAUGUUUAUAGUCUAGGGUAGAAAGAAGAUGUCUGUCUGUUUUAAAGGUGCCUCAAAUUAAUUCUAUUUUUUACACUUCAAGUUAUACAGAUUUUUCAGAUUUACAUUCUGUGCAAGGUGAAUGUCAAAAUGUUCAGUUUGCAUAUGAGAGCAGUGAUAGCUUUUCCAGAAAGCCUAUAUGCUUGUCUGUUGGAUUGUUCUAAAUCUAUUGGAGAACUCCUUCAAUGCCUUGUAACAUGAAAUUGCAAAUCUGAAUGUAGAAGUGAUAACAUAACUCAACAAUUAAUUCACAGAAUAUAUGUUAUUUACUACUUAAAUAUCUGGAAUACCGUAUUUUUCCAUGUCUAAGACCUAUUUUUUCCUGCAAACACCCUGUUCAAAAAUCAGGUACGUCUUAUACAAGUGCAGUGUCUUAUACACGGAAAAAUAAUGGUAACCUCCGCUGCCCAGGGCAUGCCUGUGUAGGUUGUCAUGCCGCCUGGUGCAGGUGUCAAGCCCCUGUGGGCUUGCCACUAAUGGGAGGGGGGAGGGGGCAAGAUUUUCGGCCGGCCAAACUUCUGGGUUUGCCAGCUCAGCUGUUCAGCGCUCUGCCGAACAGCUGAUCGGCGCGGAGAAACUCGCAUACCAGAGCAUCUUAUACAAGGGUGCGUCUUAUAGAUGGAACAAGAUGGUAAAUAGCCGAGACAUAAAGGUUCUUUUCUCUCCCCCUCCCUCUCAAGACCUUAAGGAAAACCAACAAUGAUAAAAUAUUGAAGCUUGGCUUCCAUGAUUUUAGCAUUCAUAAUAAUGUUAUGAAUAAUGGCACAACAGAGUUGAAAUUUUCCUGCACACAAGCCACCAUAUAAUCCAAAGUAGUACAGUUCCCAUUGUUUCAUAGAUUUUUGAAAAGUGUGUUUUUCAUGGAUCAUCUCCUAGAAACCCAUAACAGAGAUAGGAAGGCAUUUGUAUAGCACCUAUUAAAGUUUUUACUAGAGCUGAUGUCCAACCAUAUAGAUAUGCUAUUAUUCUGUUUAAAACUGCUUAAUGGAUUUGGAUGUCUGCAGGUAUGAACAUACCUUCUGCCAAAUAUUCCUGGACUGUCAGAGAAGGAAGUUAACACUUGUCAAAAGUAAAAUUUUAAAUCUGAGUCCUGAGCUCCCAGCAAGUCCAAUUCAUACAAUGUUUCAUGCAGUUUAUAAGUGCAAACUUAAUUUUAAACUUAAUAGACAGUAUAGUGCUAAGGGCCAACAUUAUAGCAUUUCUCUUAAUUUCAGAUAUUUCAGUUUAUAGAGACAAAACCUUUUUAAGCCUUUUUCUCUUUGGUAGUAAUUUUUGUUAGAUUACCAACCCACUACAGGGUCUUUCCUUGUUGAAAAUCUCAUGAGCCAAAAAUCGCCCUCUUAAAUGUAUUUGUAUCAACAGCAUCAAAGAUGUUUGCUUUUUGAAUGACAUUAUUUUUAAAAUCACUGGGCAUCUUUUAAUACAUUUUUUUUUAAAUGCAGAGCCUGUAGAGUGUAAAUAUGCAGUGGUUCAGCAAGCCCUUUUAACUGCUUCCUCUUUGCACAGUGCAAACUGCCUCAGCCUGUCCUUGCUCUGAUCCUUUGGAGUUUUGGUUUGGUUUUUGCCAGAUUAGUCAGGGACAGUAGCCAAACUGAAAUGGAGCUUAGAUGAGCUCAAGGAGAUAAGGUUUCUUUUUUUAAAAAGCCAUUCAUUAUAAAACUGCCUAACCCCAUUUUGUGCUGUUUACAUAAUGCUUAUUCAUUAUAUAACUGAACAUAUUACUAGCAUGUGCUGCCUCUCCUCCCCACAUUACGUGUUGAUUUUUUUCCAAGUUCUUGAAAGGGCCAAUUCUUCUCUGUAUAUACCAUUUAUUCUGUUUAAAUUGUAUUGUGAGGAAGUUGACCUUAUGUUAAAAGCGCAAUAGGAAUGUUUAAAACUCUCAAACGUGGAACAAGCGUCAGUUUUUAAUUUACAUGAAUAGGAGGAAAAGGAAACCCUGUACCGUAAUAUGUAAGUAGGCCUGUACAUAAUUUGCCAUUUGAUUCCUGUUUGAGACAGGAUUUAUACUGAAGAUUAAGUUAGGAAAGAAGGCAUAAUACUGAACCACAUUUUCCAAAGUGGUGAUUUGUAGGUGCACUUCAGUUACCUUGACACACAGUGUCAUCUGAGGUAAAUUAAAAAGGUUUUGAUUUCACUUGAAUAAGUACAUGGCCAGCCUUUUUCUUCUAAAGUUAAGAGAAUUUUGCACUAAUGCUAAAAAAGCUGAUUCUCACUUCAGCUUUUGAAAAACACUUCUUGAGAUAUGAUCCUGCUGCACAGCUGAGGCGAUUCCAAAUGAUGAGUAAUGGAUAUUCAAUAAGAAUCCAUUAUGUCAAUUUAUCUCAGGAGGUAAAUGAAAGAAGCUUGAUCUAUUCAGCCUUGCAUUCAUACAAAUAGUUUAUAGGAAAGAGUGCUACAGGUCCAUGUAAUGCAUAUUACCUGAAAUGCAAUUUUAAAAAUAUUGCACUUGCCUUCAAAAACUGAUCAGGUAAAAAAUACUUUGAUUGAAACGUUUAAUGCCAACAAACAAAUUUCACCUCCAGUUCAUUCCUCUCCCUUUUUCCUCCAGUUGUACUUGUCAUUGUUGUGUCUUUAAUUUCUUUAUAUAUACAUAGAAUGCAGUUUAGCUUGGUAUUCAUGACAUUUUGCGUAUGUGAGCAUAUGGGCAAAAACUGCACAGUUGUAAUGGUAUUCCAAUGGCAAUUGUAAAACUGCACAAAUCAGUGAUUGUAAAGUAUUCUGUAACAAGCAAUGUUUGUCUUCUAUUUUUUUAUACCUCUUACACUUAUGUCUUUUAGAAAGACAGUGCCUCUGUAUGCUUUUUUGUAUUUUUACUGGGUGAUUGUAAAUAUUUGUUAUAUUUUUGGUUAAGAGAAUGUUUAAAAGUAUUGUUUAAUAUCCAAUCUACUAAUGAUGUUGGAACCAAUAAACAACUUAUCAUGGAUUA